CACCUUUUCCCAAAGCCACCAUUCACUUCUCCUUUGCAAGUCCUGCGCCACAGCGCCACAACCUCAACCACAGCCACAGCCACAACCUCACAUCAUCCUUCGUCUGGCUCUUGCUUGUUGUGCCAAACAAGGUCUCCCUUCUUCUCAUCCCCUCUCAUCCCCCCUCCCCCUCAUUCCUACAUUUGGCUGACACUGUGUCCGCUUUGAUUCUUUCCCAACGACAACCACCACUGCGCGGUUGUGUGUUGCGUUGUUCGAAGAACACCAACACCAACACCAAAAUCACCAACACAGCACAGCGGCAGUGAUGACUCGUUCGGCGGGCGUCCUGGCAACAAGCGUUGCGUUGGUGCUGGUGGUCUGCUGCUGCUGUGAGAGCAACGCUGUGCCCGUAUCCUCCUCUGCAGGAGUGCGGGCACUCAGCUUCUCCGACCUGUUUGCGAGUGUUGAAGAAGCGACCUUCUUUGAGAACUGGUACCAGCGCGAAGUGCUUGUGGGUACGCACAACCAGACCCUGGCCAAUCGGUUGCUCCCGCUCACCGACGUCAAAUCCACCUGCCAAUGGGGUGUGCAAGACAACCGCCAGGCCCACCCUGCCGCACUCCGGAUCAAAGAGCAAGGCGAGACACGGGCCGUGUUGUCGUGCGAGCAGAUGGAAGACGAGCUCGCUGCUGGUGCGGGCUUGCUCGUGCGCUAUGAAGACCUCCCCGGCUCCCCUGCCGACACCGCAGUCAAGCAGCUGCAGGACGGCGUGCGCGACGUGUUUGGCACAGAGUCCACCGUCCACCUGUACCACGCCACGCAGAACGAGUCGCGCGCCCUCAUGCCGCACACGGACCCCUACGACGUCCUCGUGAUUCAGCUCCACGGCUCAAAGCGCUGGACUACCUGCACCCCGUAUGGGUACCUGGCAGACGUGGACGUCACGGACGAACGCGCCGUGCGCGCGCACGAGAAGCGGCACAACCUGGAGCACCGCCCUGUUCACGAGUUGCAAGCAAUUGCGCAGUUCACAACAGCGCAGCUGGGCCAGCUGCAGGAGAUCAGGCAGCAGCGGCAGCAGGGGUGCACGCGCUACGAGGACACGGCACUGCGCGGCAUGCGCUGCUCCAACUUCACGCUGCGUGCCGGCGACACCAUGUACAUGCCCAAGGGCAUCAUCCACUACGCCGUGUCUGGCGCAGAAGGCUCGUCGCACCUCACCGUCUCCCUCCAACGCAAGGGCCUGACGUGGGCGGAUGCACUGGUGUUUGCAGCGCAGAGCGGUGCGCAUCUUGUGGACGCGGAUGUGUUUGGCGCGCGGUGGCGCGAAGCCAUAACCGCCGUCAUUGGCCGCGAUCACGAGGGCGUCUCCUAUCUCCAGGCCAUGCCAUCCUGGCAGCUCAAGCGUGGUGGUGGUGAUGGUGGGGGUGAUGGUGGUGGUGAUGGCAUGUGUAGCGUUCUUGAAGAUGAGCAUGCAGCACCUGACAGCAGUGACAGCGCCGCCGGUGGCGGUAGUGGCGGUGGUGGUGAGGUGGAUGCAUUUGUGCGCACGUUCCAAUCGCUGUGUGAGGGUUUGCUGCCCUUUGUGCUCAACGCGUACGAGAGUGCCGGUGAUAUGACUGCGUAUGCGGACCCGUCAACGAUUGAGUCGCGUGUCUCGCGCGUGUGCAGCGUCGACAGUGCACAUGCUGUCCUGCAUCAGUUCUGCGCACACGGUCGCAUGCCAGACGACGUGACGGCGACCACGCUGUCCACGCAGCAAAGAUCGGAGGACGAAUUGGCAGCAGGAGCAACGGAGGUGCAUCAGCGCUCCCGUCGGUCAACAGACCACGGCUCAUACACCUGCUUUGACGGCUGCAACACCGAUUGCGUCAUGAUGUGUUCCGGAUGUGACGGCGACAGCUGUGACAUCUGCUCAACCACGUGCACGGGCUCAUGCGAUGAGGACUGCAAGUGCAACCCGGGGUACCAUGGCUCUGGCACGACGUGCUACAACUGCGCCGACAACUACUACUCCACAGAAUACAACUCGAACAACUGCAUGCGGUGUGACGACUGCCCAGAGGAGCACCAGUAUAGGGCUGGCUGCAGCCGUGGCACAGCGCUCACGCCGUGUGUUGACUGCGGCACGUGCGAGAAAGACGAGUACAGGGUAGGAUGUCGGCAAGGCGAGGAAGGCAAUUGUCGUCCCUGUUACGGCUGUCAAGCAGGCCGGUACCGCUACAACUGUGGUGGUUUCAGCAUUGGGUUCUGCGUCACGUGUGGGUAUUGCCCGCCUGGCCAGUUCCGCGAUGGCUGCAUUGGCACCAGCCCUGGCACGUGCAAGGACUGCCAGCCAUGUCCCGCUGGAUACCAGCGAGAGGGCUGCACUGGCACCAGCGGUGGCACCUGCGAGCCCUGCCCAGAAGGCACCUGGCGCCACACCUACUCCACGUACCAAUGCUUCGACUGCCAGGCGUGCAGCAGCGGGUACGAGCGUGUCUACUGUGGCGGUUCGUCCUCCGGGAGCUGUCGUGGCAUCCUGUGCGACGCAGCGCCAACAGUGGCCCACGCCACCGUUCACGUGACCAACGGUCGGCGGUAUCAGAGCACUGCGACGUACACGUGUGGCGCGGGAUACGAGCUGAAGAACGCCAACCGCAACUCGCUCAGCUGCGCCACCGAUGGUUCAUGGAGUGGCACGCUGCCAGAGUGUGUUGGCGUUGCGUGUCCGCCCAUUUCCCUCACCAACGGCGACGUCUCGCCGUCCGGCACCAUUCGCUACCCAGACUCAGCCAGCCUGUCGUGCCAUGUGGGAUAUGUGUUGCAAGGCGGUGCCACGCAGUCCUGUCAGGCCGACGGCACGUGGAGCUUUCCGGACCCUCCAUCCUGUCAGCCCCUCUAUUGCUCGCCGGUCACGCCCCCUGAGAAUGGCGCCGUGUCGUACAGCAACGGCCGCCGCUAUCCGUCCACGGCAACGUUCACGUGCAACAGCGGCUAUGUGCUUGAGGAUGGGGACGCCGAACACACGUGCAGCGCAACAACGCAUGUGUUUGUGGGCGAGACGCCCAAGUGCCUGCGCCCCACGUGCCCAGCCCUGCCGCCCCCCACCCAUGGCAGUGGGGGUGCUGCUGCCAACACGCUCCGCUACCCUGCUGCUGCCUCGUUCUCCUGCGACACGGGGUAUGUGCUCAUGGGGCCGGCAACGGUGCAGUGCAAGGAGGAAGGGACGUGGGCCACAGCUGCGCCGACGUGCAUUGGUCGCCUGUGUACGAAGGUAACUACCCCAGAGAACGGCCGUGUGACGUACAGCAACGCACGCCGCUACCCGUCCACGGCAACGUACACGUGCACGGAGGGCUACGAGGUGGUCGGUGCGGCAACACGACAGUGCCAGGCCGACAAGGGCGAGUUUGAUGGCGUGGAUGCAACGUGCAGGGGCAAGCUGUGCCAGCCUCUCUCAGCACCUGCCAAUGGCACCGUCACCUUCACGCCACGCAGCUUCAAUCCCCGCUACCCGGCAACCGCCACCUUUGCGUGCCUGGAUGGAUAUGUGCGCAUUGGUGCUUCGACAGCGGAGUGUGAUGCAGACACGGCGUGGUCAGCACAGCCACCGCGCUGCCAGCUCGACUGCGACCCCGGUUACGUCAAGAGCGGUGGUGUGUGCGUGGACGACAACGAGUGCUUUGAUGGCACGCACUCGUGCGACAUGAAUGCAGCCUGCACCAACACGGCGGGCAGCUACACCUGUGCAUGCAAUGACGGCUAUGAAGGCGAUGGCUUCACCUGUGACGAUGUGGACGAGUGCGUGCAGGCAACGCACGGGUGUGACGUGAAUGCAGCCUGCACCAACACGAUCGGCAGCUACACCUGCGCCUGUGUUGAAGGGUAUGAAGGUGAUGGCCGUUCGUGCCACGAUGAAGAUGAGUGUGCGGAUGGCACCCACUCCUGUCAUGAAGAGGCAACGUGCACCAACUCAGUGGGCAGCUACACCUGUGCGUGCAACAGCGGCUUCACAGGCAGCGGUUUCACGUGCGAAGACGUGGACGAGUGCAUGGAAGGGACGCACGACUGCGACGUGAAUGCAGCCUGCACCAACACGAUCGGCAGCUAUACCUGCGCCUGUGUCGAAGGGUACGAAGGUGAUGGCGUUUUGUGCCGGGACGAAGAUGAGUGUGUCGAUGGCACUGCAAGGUGUGCUGUCAACGCAACGUGCACCAACACAGUGGGUAGCUACACGUGCGCGUGCAACAGCGGCUUCACAGGCAGCGGGCUCGUGUGCGACGACGUGGACGAGUGCAUGGAAGGAACGCACGACUGCGACGUGAAUGCAGUGUGCACCAACACAAUCGGCAGCUACACGUGUGCGUGUCAGACGGGCUACCGUGGUGACGGCUUUGAGUGCGAGGACAGAAAUGAGUGCCUGUACAACACUGCGCCGUGCCACGCACAUGCAGCCUGCACCAACACGGACGGCAGCUUCGUGUGCACGUGUGAGCGCGGGUAUGCAGGUGACGGCAUUGCCGUGUGCGACGACGUCGAUGAGUGUGCGCUCGGCACUCACAACUGCGCCGCAGACGCCACCUGCUUCAACAGCGAUGGGUCGUUCCGGUGUGUGUGCAACUCAGGAUUCCGCGGCAAUGGCACGGCGUGUGCGGACGUGGACGAGUGUGUGGAGGGCACAGCGCCAUGCGAUGCAAACGCCACGUGCACCAACACACCAGGCAGUUUCCUGUGUACAUGUGUGGACGGGUUUGCCGGUACGGGCAUUGCCUGCGUGGACGUGGACGAGUGUCGCCAGGAGACGCACGAGUGUGACCCCAACGCACGGUGCACCAACACGGAUGGCGGGUACACGUGCACAUGCAGGGACGGCUUUGUUGGUGACGGCUUGACAUGUGCCGAUGUGGACGAGUGUGCAGCCAGCAACGCAGCCGAGCUGUGCCAUGCCAACGCCACGUGCACCAACACGGCUGGCUCAUUUGCGUGCGAGUGCAGUGCCGGGUUUGUUGGCGACGGCGUGCGCGUGUGCUCGCCUCAGCCCAGCGUUGGGCAGAGCGGCACGAGUGCGUCUGUGGAUAUGGCAAUCCCCGUGUCGAUUGUCGGCGGCGUGAUUGGUGUUGUCUUCAUUGCGGCCGCAGUUGUCUUUAUUGUUCGCCGCAGGCGCCAGGCCGCCGCCGACGCUGCCUUCACGGAUGGCAACGCAGCUGCUUCAAGCGAUGGCAAGACCGGCGGCCUCUUCAAGAACCCGCUGUUCUCUGGACAGGAUGGCAUGUCCCCAGCACCACUACCAUCAUCGUCAUCAUCGCCACCACCACACCCAGCGCACGCGUGGAACCCGACAUGCUACGAUGUCAACGACAGGACUGGCAACGCCGCAGGAGAUGGGGUGUACCAUGUUCCAACACAAGAUGCAGGGUACGAAUUGCCACGAGGGGAAGGCAAGAACAAGAAGCAGCAGCAGCAGGAAGCUGACAUGUAUCGUGUUCCCAGCGUGCAAGCGCCGUACGAUGUUCCACGCCGCGCGAAGAAGAAUAAGAAGGGUACUGAUGGCAGUGAUGGUGGUGGUCAUGAGGAUGAGGAUGCCUACUGUGUCCCCACCGUGCACGCGCCAUACGAUGUGCCACGCCGCGAACGGAAACAGAAACAACAGCACAGCAGUGGCGAUGAUGGUGGCGAUGGGAGCGUGGAUGCUGGUGAUGAGUCACAGGCGACAAACCGCUACAGCAUCAACCCGACAUAUGCAAUGCCGCGCUUUGAAGGGCGGCAGCUGCGAGCAAACCAGACCAGCACCACAAAUGCAAAUGAAGAUGCCAAUGCAAAUGCCACCACCACCACCGGCACCAGUGGCAGCCGCGGUGGGCUGGUGAGCGGGUAUGUGGAGCCACCUGCCCGCACACACGACAAGAACCAUGGCAGCAGGGGUGGGCAGCGACGCAAGAAUCCAAAGCUGCCACCUCGAGUGGGUGCUCCACCUCGCUUGAGUGCACGCAUUGCCAACGACAGUCAACCACCGCCACCAUCAUCAUCAUCGUCAUCAUCAGCACCGCAACAGGGGACGGCAGAGCCACAGACACUGUCAUUUGUUGCGUCGCGUCACAACAGCAGCACGAGCGUGGGCUACUUGCAGGUGCUGUCUGAAAACGACAACGGACCGUCGGAAACAAACACGGAGCCUUCGUUCGUGUACGACCCAACGUGGCAGGGAGCCAAUGCCAACAACAGCAGCGGUCACGAAAGCGAUGCGGGCAAUGCACCAAUGCUGGCGAGCAGCUAUGUUGUGCUGCAUCGUGGACACACGGAGGAGGUGACGGACGACGAUCCAGACUACGUGGACGUGCACACGAGACCAGCCUCCAUGAUGCAAUGA